UUUGUCAUUUGCGGUUGGGGCCAUGUCACUCAUUCUUCCUUGUACUGUAAAACUAGUGAAUUGAAGGCUUGUUUUCCGGUAUCAUUAUUUCUCUAGGUUUUGCUGAUAUUUGCAUAGAGCUGGCAAUGGCGACUGAUCCUGGUUCAAUGGCUCCUGAUGUCGAUAAGAGCGAUCCCAUGGUUACAAAGUUGCUUGAAUCGGUGGAUAACCUCUAUCUUACGCGUGACAAGUUCUUUCCAGUUGACCCCAUGGAGAGAUCAGAAAGAUUACAGAGAGAAGUUGAUGAAGUUCUCAAGCUUCUUAGUUCAACCCUUCCUCCUGAAAAAAGAGUCUCUUCAUUAGAGCGAGCUACUUAUGAGUAUCUAAGAGGGAAGAUAUUGGAUGUAUUUCCUGAACAUUGUAAGGAAGCAGAAGAUCAUUUGUCAAAAGCUAUUAAGUUGAAUCCUUUUAUCCAAGAUGCAUGGCUGUGCUUAGGUAAUUGCCUCUGGAAGAAGGGGGAAUUGGCUGCUGCUAAGAAUUGUCUCUUGCUAGCUCUAAAUAAGGGUCGGGAAAAGAGGAUAUUGUGUCUUCUGUCAAUGCUUGAAAGAAAAAUAGCUGAAGGAACUGAAAAUCCAUUGGAAUUAGUUGAAGAGAGCAUUGGUCACGCAAAAGAAGCAGUCAUGUUGGAUAUCAAGGAUGGAAGCUCCUGGCACACCCUAGGCAAUUCAUACUUUGUCAGCUUUUUUGUUGGUGGAACCCAGGAUGAGGAAAAACUGAAGCAUGCAUUAAAAGCUUAUGCAAAUGCUGUAAGUUUACACAAAUUUUGGCCAUGGAGUUAUAAGGAGAAGGAUGAAAGCAUGAAAACCAAUUCAGAUCUUCACUUCAACAAGGCCAUUUUGGACCAGUUUAUGGAGAAGUAUGAUGCUGCUCUCAGUGGAUUUGAAGCUGCUGCUUUACAGAAUCCUAGUCUCAAUGCUGACAAGAAUAUUGAAAAGAUUAUCAAGGUUCUUGACAAGCUGAAUGAUUCUGUAACUAACCAGGGUCAUCUCAAGCCUCAUCGGAUUGCCUCAAUGGUAGAAGCGCUGCGUAAGACUACUGUGAAUAUCCCAUACACGAUGGCUACAUUAAAUCUCUUGAGGGAUGGGAAGAAUAAUGGCAUGGCAGUAUUAGGAAAAGUGAUGGUCUUCAUUCGGUUGCCCUUUACUUCCCUCCCAUACUUUUUGCUGUGUGAUUCGGAUGGGACAUUCUUCAUUCUCUCAUUGUAUGCGCUAUCUAGCAACGGGGUUAAGAAUGGAGACACCGUGACACUGCUCAAUCCUAAUUGUAGAGUAAUUGAUUUCUCUUGGAAGGGCAAGGAAUACCGCUUCAAAAGCAUACGGGUGGAUAGGUUGGGGAAUAUUCUCGUGAAUGGAAGCCCACCGCAUUCUGACCAUGUGCGGCCAAUGGCCAUCCAUACAAAGCACAUAGCAUGAGUUGCAGUAAUUUCUCAAGAGUUGUGCAUUUUUUUGGCAUUGUGUAUGCGAGCUACAUGAAGAAUUAGUCAAUUUUUGGUGUACAUAUGAAGAUACCAUGGCAAUUUUGUCACUUUGAAAUCACCAUAAAUGCAAUAUUUUACAAGAGCUUAA